AGCAAUCAUAGUGGUUCAUUAAUAGCAUCUUUUCUGUCCUUCUGUGCAGCUUCAGGACAAUGGAUACACUGAAUAAAGCAAACACAAGCUUUGCUCUUGACUUUUUCAAACAGCAGUGUCAGGAAGAUGGUGACAAGAAUAUUUUGUUCGCUCCUUGGAGUAUUUCAUCUGCCCUGGCUACUGUUUAUUUGGGAGCCAAAGGCAACACUGCAGAUCAGAUGGCAAAGGUACUUCACUUUAACAAAGCUGAAGGAGCCAAAAAUGUCACCACAACCAUAAGAAUGCAUGUCUACUCCAGAACAGAAGAGAGUCUAUCAAAUCGACGUGCAUGUUUCCAGAAGACAGAGAUUGGCAAAUCAGAUAAUAUCCAUACUGGAUUUAAAGCACUCAGCUUUGAAAUCAACCAACCCACUAAAAAUUACCAACUUAAAAGUGUCAACCAGUUAUAUGGAGAAAAAUCAUUGCCUUUCACUAAGGAAUACUUAUUGUUAGCCAAAAGAUAUUACAAUGCAGAACCACAAUCAGUCGACUUUGUGGGAGCAGCAGAUGCAAUCAGGAGAGAGAUCAAUUCCAGUGUUGAACAACAGACUGAAAGUAAAAUCCAAAAUCUGCUGCCUGCAGGAUCUGUGGAUUCACUCACCAGGCUAGUCCUGAUAAAUGCACUUUACUUCAAAGGAAACUGGGCAACAAAGUUUGAAGCUGAAGCUACCAGGCAAAGGCCUUUCAGAAUAAACAUGCAUACAACUAAACCAGUGCCCAUGAUGUACCUGAGGGACAAAUUUAACUUAAACUACAUAGAAUCAGUUCAGGCUGAUGUUCUUGAGCUUCCAUAUGUCAAUAACGACCUCAGCAUGUUUAUCCUGCUACCAAGUGACAUCUCCGGCUUACAAAAGCUAGAAAGAGAAUUGACCUUCGAAAACUUGUCUGCAUGGACCAACCCAGAACUAAUGGAGAAAAUGAACAUGGAAGUUUAUCUGCCCAGGUUCACAUUAGAAGAGAAAUAUGACCUCAAAUCUACUUUGAGCAGGAUGGGGAUACAAGAUGCCUUCACAGAAGGUCAAGCUGAUUUCACAGCAAUGUCCAAGACUGGUGAUCUGUUUUUGUCCCAAGUUUUUCACAAGUGUUACCUGGAAGUCAAUGAAGAAGGCACAGAGGCAGCAGCUGCCAGUUCGGCAACACUGGCAUCACGAAGUCUUGGUGCUACUGUUAUCUUUUUGGCAGAUCACCCUUUCCUCUUCUUUAUCAGGCACAACAAGACCAAGACUAUCCUCUUCUUGGGAAGAUUUUCUUCCCCCGCUGUAAAAAUGGAAGUAGUCUCCACAUCAGUUGGCAAGUUUACCGUUGAUCUUUUCAACAAGCUGAAUGAGACGAACAAGGGAAAAAACAUUUUCUUCUCCCCUUGGAGCAUAUCAGCUGCUCUGGCUCUGACAUACCUGGGAGCAAAAGGAACUACAGCAACUGAGAUGGCAGAGGUCCUUCAUUUCACCCUGGGAGCAGGACCUGAAGCUUCUUCUGUGGCCAGACCUUCUCGGGGGAGACCAAAGAGAAGAAAAUUGGAUCCUGAAAACAAGCAAGCUGCAGAUAUCCAUUCUGGCUUCAAGACGCUCCUGACUGCCAUCAACAAACCCAGAAGCACCUACUCCCUGAGAAGCGCCAACCGCAUUUAUGUGGAAAAAACCUUCCCGUUAUUGCCUACAUACAUACAGCUCAGUAAGAACUACUACAAAGCAGAGCCACAGAAGGUUAACUUUAGGACAGCACCAGAACAGUCAGGAAAGGAAAUCAACACUUGGGUUGAAAAACAAACUGAGGGCAAAAUCAAAAAUUUGCUGGGUCCACAAGAUGUGACAAACGCCACCACACUGAUCCUGAUAAAUGCCAUUUACUUCAAGGCAGAAUGGGAAGCGAAAUUUAAGGCAGAAAAUACACAGCUGCAACCCUUCCGACUGAGCAAGAACAAGACCAAGCCUGUAAAGAUGAUGUACAUGAGAGAAACAUUUCCAGUUCUUAUCAUGGAAACAAUGAAUUUCAAAAUGAUUGAGUUGCCGUAUGUGAAACGUGAACUCAGUAUGUUCAUCCUCCUCCCUGAUGACAUCAAAGACAACACCACGGGUCUUGAACAGCUGGAAAGAGAACUGACUUAUGAGAAGCUGUCCGAAUGGACUGAUUCCAAGAAGAUGACAGAGACUCUCGUGGAUCUGUACCUGCCUAAAUUCAAAAUGGAAGAGAAAUAUAACCUCAGUGAUGACCUGAUCAGGAUGGGAAUGCGCAGUGCCUUCAGCAUCAAUGCUGAUUUCAGUGGAAUGACUGAGAAGAAUAAAGUGAUGAUCUCCAAGGUUUUUCACAAGUCUUUUGUUGCAGUUGAUGAGAAGGGCACUGAGGCAGCUGCUGCUACUGCUGUCAUUGUAGAACUAACAAGUGCACAUGUUAGCCAUGUUCUGAAAUUUAGGGUUGACCAUCCUUUCUACUUUUUCAUCAGACACAACAAGUCCAAGAGCAUCCUCUUCUUUGGUAGACUCUGCUCUCCUCUUGAAUGAAUUAUUACUUGCUCUCAGAUAGGAACCAAGGUUUACUGUUCAAUAGAAAAAGUGAACUGCAGUGCUAAAAUCUCAACCUUAAGCGAUGUAGCCACCUGUAUUGAAAAUGCCUGUUUUUUUCCUUCCACCCAACCCCCCUUAAAGAAGGCAGCAUCCAGAGCCACCUGAGCCACCAAAGAACACUGCUCUACUACUUCUUUCUAUUGUCCUAAUGAGACAGUCCUGAACAGAAAAGAAAGUGCAGAAUUUUGCUCUUUUAUCAAAUCUGCUCUUCUGGCUGUUGUUUAAGAGUAAUAAAAGCUCUCUGCACUCAGGCCUAUCAUCUAGCCCUAUAUCAAAUGCUGACUUUAAGGGAAAUGCAAUUCAUUGUCUUGACUCUCACAGAGAAGAAAAAGAACCCCACCAAGUAAAAUAAAAAAAACAACAAAAAAAACUUGUAGAAAUCUGUAUGCUCUCUUUUCUGCACUGGGAAACCUACAUUUGUUCUACAAUGCUAUUUCAUAACCUUAAUUGCAAAUUUCAGUGACUGUUGGAAAUUUACAAAAUUUAAUACAAAUCCAGAAUAAUCUCAGAAUGCCCCUUACCAUCCCCUAUCUCACCACAUGCAGAUAAGCACAUCACAUUCAUUCUCUCCUGCUCUUUCAGCUUCCUGAAAAAGUAAGGCUGUGAGGGAAAAUUGUCCAACCCUUAAUAUUAAAUUCCUGACUUCUAA